CAAGGCAUGGCUUCUAUACACUCACUAGCAAUAAUCCUGCUCGGAGUGAUAAUGCUCACCACUCCUGUGUUGGCUAAUUACUACAAACCACUCGCUUAUGAAAACCCACCAAUUUAUGACCCUCCACCAACUCACAAACCACCGCCUUAUAAGCCGCCAAUAUACCAUCCUCCGCAUGAGAAGCCUCCUCCGGUGUACGAACCACCGUAUGAACAGCCACCGCCAGAGUAUGAACCACCUGGUGAGAAUCAACCACCGGAAUACGAGCCACCGCAUCAUGAAAAACCACCAUAUGAGAAUCCAUCUCCAGAGUACGAACCACCUUAUGGAAAAUCACCACCAGAGUAUCAACCACCUCAUCAUCAAAAACCACCGUCUGAACAUCCACCACCAGAGUAUCCACCACCACCUGAGUAUCCACCACCUCAUGAGAAGCCACCACCUGAAUAUCAACCUCCUCAUAAGAAACAACCACAUGAGAAUCCACCACCGGAGUACCAACCACCUCAUGAGAAACCACCACAUGAACAUUCACCACCAGAAUAUCAACCACCACAUGAACAUCAGCCACCUGAGUACCAACCACCACACCAAAAACCACCUCGUGAGAGUCCACCAUCGGAGUACCAACCACCUCAAGAAAAGCCACCACAUGAACAUUCACCACCAGAAUACCAACCACCACACGAGAAACCACCACAUGAACAUCAACCACCUCAUGAGAGUCCACCACCUUAUGAAAAGCCACCACAUGAACAUUCACCACCAGAAUAUCAACCUCCACACGAGAAACCACCACCAGAGUACAAACCCCCUCAUGAGAAACCACCUCAUGAAAAUACACCACCAGAAUACCAACCUCCUCAUGAGAAACCACCACAUGAACAUCCACCUCCAGAGUACCAACCUCCUCAUGAGAAACCUCCUCAUGAAAAGCCCUCACCAAAGUAUCAACCACCACAUGAACAUUCGCCGCCAGAGUACCAACCUCCGCACGAGAAACCACCACACGAGAAUCCACCACCAGUGUACAAACCGCCUUAUGAGAACUCACCCCCACCACAUGUGUACCAUCGUCCACUCUUUCAGGCACCUCCUCCUGUGAAGCCAUCCCGACCUUUUGGCCCAUUUCCAGCCUUUAAAAACUAAUAAUAACCACCACUGAAGAAUCUGCACAUUUAACUUGGUAAAGUAAAAUUCAGAGUGGUUGUUUGUUAUGCUUUUUAUAUCAAGUGUUUAUGUUCUUGUUUUCAUUUGUUUUCCUUUUCUGUUUUAAAAGCUCUUUUAAGAUGUAAAGCACAAUGUGCCCUUUCUGCAUGCAAAUAAAGGCUCUAUAUAUAUUGCCUCUGUAUAAAAA